AAAAUUCAGAAUCUCCAGAUCGAGAGCUAAAAAAGCCGAUUUCAAUUCUCUUUACGAUUCUGGGUUUUUGCUAUUGGAAUGUAGUGUGAAGAAGAAACCCUAGUUUUUCUCACUUGAUUUCUCAGUCUUCUUCAGUAAUGUCAAGUGAGCAGCGAGAAGGUUCGCAGGAGACGACGACGACGGUGGAAGGUAACGGAACAAUUGGAGGUAAUAAUUCUCAUUCGACGGUUACUGCGACAUUGAGAGCUACCUCUACGAUGGUUUCUUGCCAGAGACUUAGGCUAAACCCUAACAACGAGCAUAGACCAGAUAGUUAUGAAGAUCUGCAGCUUGAUUUCCCAAACUCGGUAUAUUCUAGUCUGGAGAAGUACUUGCCUCCGAAUAUGCUGGUUUCGAAUCGCGAUGAGAAAAUCAAAUUCAUGACUGACAUUAUGCUUAGGCAUCUUCCUCAUGGAGAGCGUUCCAGAGCUCAAAGGCACAGGGACUAUAGGCAGAAGAUUAUAUCAAAUUAUCAGCCACUUCACAGGGAGUUGUAUACUCUAGUUCCCACAGUAUGUUUCGUUCCCUCUUUCCUUAAGGCGAUAAAUGAAAGCACAGAGGAAAGCUUCAGAAACAUAAUAUCUGAACCGUCUCCUGGUGUUUUCGUCUUUGACAUGCUCCAGCCUACCUUUUGCGAGAUGAUGCUAUCCGAGAUAGACAAUUUUGAAAGGUGGGUGGGUGAGACCAAAUUCCGGAUAAUGAGACCAAACACCAUGAAUAAAUACGGCGCUGUGCUUGACGACUUUGGUCUGGAUACCAUGCUUGACAAACUCAUGGAGGGUUUUAUACGUCCCAUUUCUAAAGUAUUCUUCAGUGAUGUGGGUGGAGCAUCUCUGGACUCUCACCAUGGUUUUGUUGUUGAAUAUGGUAAAGAUAGGGAUGUUGAUUUAGGCUUUCAUGUGGAUGAUUCAGAAGUAACGCUGAAUGUUUGUUUGGGUAAUCAAUUUGUGGGAGGGGAGCUAUUUUUCAGAGGUACACGGUGUGAAAAACAUGUGAACACAGCAACAAAGGCAGAUGAGAUAUUUGAUUAUGAUCAUAUACCUGGACAAGCUGUGCUUCACCGUGGGCGCCACCGCCAUGGUGCCAGAGCCACAACAUCCGGGCAUCGGGUCAAUAUGCUACUAUGGUGCAGAAGUUCUGUGUUUAGAGAGCUCAAAACUCAUCAGAAGGAAUUCUCCAGCUGGUGUGGAGAGUGCUUUUGUGAAAAGAGAGAUGAGAAAGUGCGGUCGAUUGAUGCUCUAAGAAAGAAAUUGUUUAAAGCACGUCAAACCCAAGCUUGAUGGAACACACUAGUAAGAUGAGCAAUUGAUGAAACACUAGUAAGAUAAGCAAUAACAUAUAUUGGAUGACUUUAAAACUUGAGAUCAAGCUUUGAAGAAUUGCUCCUGUUUUAAGCUGACUUAAAACUGAGCCUGUGUAGAAAUCAUUUGAGGUAUAUGGGUCUCUGUUUAUCUUUUCUCAGACUCUUUGAUAAAUUAUGUACAUGAAA